GCGCGGGGCGGGCCCGAGCGGUGGCGGCGAUGAAGGUGGCGGUGGCCGGGUGCUGCCACGGCGCCCUGGACAAGAUGUACGAGACGCUGGAGCUGCUGCAGCGGCGGCACAACGUGCGGCCCGACCUGCUGCUGUGCUGCGGGGACUUCCAGGCGGUGCGCAACGAGGCGGACCUGCGCUGCAUGGCCGUGCCGGCCAAGUACCGCCACAUGCAGACCUUCUACCGGUACUACUCGGGAGAGAAGAAAGCCCCGGUGCUCACCGUGUUCAUCGGCGGCAACCACGAGGCUUCCAACCACCUGCAGGAGCUGCCCUACGGCGGCUGGGUGGCCCCCAACAUCUACUACCUGGGUUACGCGGGCGUGGUGCGGUUCCGCGGCGUGAGGAUCGGCGGCAUCUCGGGCAUCUUCAAAUCUCACGACUACCGGAAAGGCCACUUUGAGUGCCCACCAUACAACCAGCAAACAAUUAGAAGUGCUUACCAUGUGAGGAAUAUUGAAGUCUUCAAACUCAAACAGCUGAAGCGUCCCAUGGAUAUAUUCAUGUCCCAUGACUGGCCCAGGAGCAUUUACCACUAUGGGAACAAGAAACAGCUCCUCAAAAUGAAAUCCUUCUUCCGCCAAGAAGUGGAGAGCAACACGCUGGGAAACCCUGCUGCCUCGGAGCUCCUGCAGCACCUGAAACCCACCUACUGGUUCUCAGCACACCUGCACGUUAAAUUCGCAGCUUUCAUGCAACAUGAGACAAGCUCCAAAGAAGAGCUGCCAAAAGCAACCAAGUUUCUGGCUCUGGAUAAAUGCCUGCCACACAGAGACUUCCUGCAGAUAAUAGAGGUGGAGCACGAUCCUAACGCAGGUGACUCUCUGGAGUAUGAUGCCGAGUGGAUUGCGGUGCUCAAGGCGACCAACAGCCUGGUUAAUGUGACUCAGAGCUCCUGGAACAUGCCUGAAAAGAAUGGCCUCCAUGCCAAGUGGGAUUACAGCGUGACAGACGAAGCCAUCAAAGAGGUGUUAGAAGAACUGAAUCAUAACCUCACAAUCCCCUGUAACUUCACCUUGACAGCUGCUUGUUAUGAUCCCAACAAACCCCAAAAAAACAUGCAGCCAGUUCAUACCAUCAAUCCCCAGACCACCGAGUUCUGCGCCCAGUUUGGCCUCACUGACAUCAACGACAGGAUCCAGCAGGCGAAGGAAGAGGGCUCAGGACGGGGUGAAUGUGAAGAGGAGGAGGAGGAGGAGAUGGACAGCACUGGGUCAGCAGAGGAGCCCAGUGAAUAUAACACAGAUAACUCUGGCCUCUCCUCCAUCAAUCCGGAUGAGAUAAUGCUGGAUGAAGAAGGUGGCGAUGAAGACUUGAGUACGUGCUCUGUGGAUCCUUCCCCUGAUCACCCUCCCGAGUUCUCCACCAGCUUCUCUGACAUCCGGAUCAUGCCAGAUUCCAUGGCGGUGUCCUCCGAUGAUGCUAUGGACUCCAACAAUGAGGAUCUGGAGAAGUCUGGUGGCAGCAAGCAGGGGGAGGAGAAGAGCUCCACUGAUAGACCAUUGAAGCGCAUUGGGGGCGAUGAGAACGGGAACAGUGGCAUUAAAAAGAUCAAGAGGAGGAAUCAAGCCAUCUAUGCUGCAGAGGAGGAAGACAAAACAGAUUAGCACUUCCUGGGAUGGAUAACUAAGUUCUCUGCCAGCCUUUCUGUGGGAAGGUGGUGAGAACUGCUGGAGUACUCGUGUUUUUAAUGUUACGUGAUCUUAUUCGUUUACUUUCUUGAGCUGGAUGUACCUCUCACAGAGAAGAUGGUUUAUCUGGGUUAAACGUGGAAGUCAGAAGCAAACUAUUCCAACAAAGUACUUUGACAAAGGAUUUAAAGCCUAUCACUCAGUUUUGCUCCAGUCCCUGGUUAUUGGUAUAUUCUCCAUAUCUUCAGCUGUACAGCUCUACAAGAGUCACUGUACUUGUCUAACAACAACUUAGACUGUAGCCCAAGCCCAAGUGAGAGGAUGUCUGACUUACAAGACUGAAUGAUUUGAUUUUAUUGCUUUUGUCUUGUUUUAUACUGAACUUUUAAUACAAAGUAGCACACAAAAUAGCUCUGUGAAUUACAUUUGAAAAUAGAAUUCCCAGGAUAACAAAACAGCAAUAGAAGAAUAAAGAUUUUUUUUUUUUCUGGUCUUAGUCAUGACAUAGGAAAACUUCAUGGUCGUAAAC